AUGCGCCGCGCUUGGACGCCCGAGGAGUUUUAUCGCGAGUUUGAUGAGCCGCCGCACGUCCAGGACAUUACAGAGAGUGUGCAAGCGUUUGUUGAAACGCAUCGUCAGGCGGGGCAUAAGGUCGUGCUUGUGACGAGUGGCGGAACGACGGUGCCGCUGGAGAAGAACAUGGUGCGGUUCUUGGACAAUUUUUCGGCGGGCACGCGUGGCGCAGCGUCUGCCGAGUACUUUCUGCAGCAGGGCUAUGCGGUUCUUUUUCUGUCGCGGCAGCACAGCCAAUUCCCUUUUACACGCUUGUACAGUCACACGACGAAUCCGCUCUUCGACCUACUUGAGGAGCCGGUCGCGAACGACGAUUCGGUGCGGGUGAGCAGGGACCACGUAGCCCAUUUGCUCCCGACCUUGCAUGCCUACCAUGAUGCGAAGCGGAACAAGCGCCUGUUGACGGUGUCGUUCGUGACUGUGGUCGAGUACCUGUUUCUGCUGCGACACAUUUGCCAUAUCCUAGCCCCUUUGGGUCGGCAUGCGAUGCUGUACCUCGCUGCGGCCGUGAGCGACUACUUUUUGCCGCCCGAGCGCAUGUCAGAGCACAAGAUCCAGUCGUCGGACGGUGCGCUCACGAUCGAGCUCCAGCAGGUACCCAAAGUCCUCGGUGUCCUUGUGCGCGAAUGGCUUCCACAUGCGUAUGUGGUCAGCUUCAAACUUGAGACGGACGAAUCGCUCGUGAUUCCCAAGGCGGAACGCUCGCUCCGCCACUAUGGUCACCAGCUGGUGAUCGGCAACCAGCUGCAACGCCGCAAGUGGGAGGUCGUCUUGGUGGAGCACACGUCCCGUACGAAGCAGCAGGACACGGCGUCGUUUGAGCACGCAUGGAUCCAGCUGCCACAAGAUGCCGAGCACGAAAUUGAGCGAGAUAUUGUGCGAAUGCUGGCGCAGCGACAGCAUGCAUGGAUUCAUGCCGUAUGA